UGAACAAAGAUAAGAAUUUUAUUUUCUUUCUUUCUUUCUUUCUUUCUUUCUUCUUUCUUUUUUUUUUUUUUUUCUACUUAAUUUAUUAAAUAAAAGGAUUUUAUAUUUAGAGGAAAAUUAUAAGGAAAGAAAAAGAAGAAAAAAACUGAAAACUUGUCUCGUGAAGCAGCAGGUGGAGUUUAUGUAGUGUAUAAAAGAGCAAAAUAAAUGUAAAAGUUCCUUUCUUUCUUUUUCUUCUUUCUUUCUUCUAUCUCUCAAAAAAAACUCUGUAAAAUCUCAUCUCAUCCUCCGUUUUUGCCUUUUAAUUUGAGAGAAGAAGAAUCAAAACUCUCUCUCAAGAUUUCUGAUUUUUUUUUUUUGUUUUUGUUUUGAGGAACUCACAUUCAUUCUUUGCUUCCUUCUUUAAUUUCACGAGAUCCCCAUCUUCUUCAACCCCUUCUCCCUCAUUUUUUUUUUCUCUUCUCUCUCUCUCUUUCUUAAUCUGUUCUUCAAACACAUUUCUUACGGGUCUUCGUCUACUUCUCGACGGAUUUUGCUGAACUUUUUUGGGUCAUACCCCAUUGGGGAUUUUUCCCUCUGUUUCUAAAGGAGGGGGUUUUUUCUUCUUUUCUGAUUUUAAUCUUCUCAUUCUGUGUUGGGUCAACGGCAAAAGUGGAUUUCGUUUUUCGGAAGCUUGAAAAAUGUCGCAUUCUGGGAAUCCCAUUUCCGACCUUCGUUUUGAUCAACUUUCCGAUCGCUUUCGUGAUUCUGUGAGCUGCGAAGUUAACAAACCAGACUUUCGUGAGUUAGAUCUGGGUUCCCCUGUUUCGCCAUUGCGUACUCGUCACCAGACUGGUGGCGGCCCCGCUGCCAGUAGUAGUUCCAGCUCCUCUGGAUCGGUUUCUGGCCGGAAUGGACCCAACCCAGUUGCUAAAAGAUCCGAUUCAGGUCCUAAUAAUCACUCCGGUGAACUCUCUGGGUCGAGCGAGAGUAGCCCUACUGCCGCGGAGAGCCUCCGAUCCAUCGGAACCCCUAAGAAUUUCAAGUCGGGUCAUAAUAGAUCCGAUUCCGCCUCUAAUCAUCCGUUAAUCUAUUCGGGUCAGUCUCAAAGCUCUGCUACUUCUCCCUCCAAUGUGCUUCCCACCGGCAAUAUUUGCCCUUCAGGAAGGAUCUUGAAGCCGAGCAUGCCGUCUACGAAUCGGAGCUCGAGGACUGACGUUUUGGGUUCUGGGUCGGGAAAUUAUGGCCAUGGGAGCAUAAUGCGGGGACUCGGCGGUGUCAAAACCGGCGCCGUUGAAUCGAUUAGCAACACCUGUUCGAGGGCCGGUGGUGUAGGUGGUGGAGACUCGUUGAAGAGGGCGAAACAGAGUGGGGAUCCGGAAGAGUUGAAGAGAGCUGGAAAUGAGCAGUACAAAAAGGGGCAUUUCGCUGAGGCUUUGAGUCUAUAUGAUCGAGCCAUUGCAAUUUCUCCGGCCAAUGCAGCUUACCGGAGUAACCGAGCGGCUGCCUUAACUGGUCUAGGACGGCUUGGGGAGGCUGUAAGCGAGUGCGAGGAGGCGGUGAGAUUGGAUCCCAAUUAUAUUCGGGCUCAUCAGCGUUUGGCAUCUCUGUUUCGUAGGUUAGGACAGGUAGAGAAUGCUAGGAAACACCUUUGUUUUCCCGGUGUUCAGCCAGAUCCAAAUGAGUUGCAAAGAUUGCAGGUAGUAGAGAGGCAUAUAAGUAGAUGUGGGGAUGCCCGUCGAGUUAGAGAUUGGAAAAGUGUAUUGAAGGAGGCAGAUGCUGCAAUUUCUGGUGGUGCAGAUUCUUCACCUCAGCUGUUUAUGAGUAGAGUGGAAGCUCUUUUGAAGCUUCAUCAGAUUGAAGAUGCGGAAUCCAGCCUAUUUAGUAUUCCAAAGUUACAUCCAUCGACCAACUCGUGCUUACAAACUAGGUUUUUCGGAAUGCUUUCAGAAGCAUACUCUCACUUCAUUCACGCCCAAAUUGAGAUGGCAUUGGGAAGGUUUGAGAAUGCAGUUACGGCUGCUGAGAAAGCAGGGCAGAUUGAUGCUCGGAAUGUAGAAGUGGCAGUGCUGCUUAAUAAUGUGCGCUUGGUUGCUAGAGCUCGUACUCGGGGCAAUGAUCUUUUUAAAUCAGAAAGGUAUACGGAAGCUUGCUCUGCUUAUGGGGAAGGUCUUAAGCUCGACCCUUCGAAUUCAGUUCUCUACUGCAAUCGGGCAGCUUGUUGGUUUAAACUUGGGAUGUGGGAGCGGUCCAUCGAAGAUUGCAAUCAAGCAUUACUUAUCCAACCAACUUACACGAAAGCCCUCCUUCGAAGGGCUGCCUCAAAUAGUAAGCUUGAGAAGUGGGAGGAGGCUGUAAGAGAUUAUGAAGUUUUGAGGAGGGUGCUUCCAGAUGACAAUGAAGUUGCUGAGUCUCUAUUUCAUGCUCAAGUUGCAUUAAAGAAAUCUAGAGGGGAAGAAGUUCAUAAUCUGAAAUUUGGUGGCGAAGUCGAGGAAGUGUCGAGCCUCGAUCAGUUCAGAGCUGCCAUAUCGUUUCCAGGCGUCACUGUGGUUCAUUUCAAAGCAGCAUCUGAUGUACAAUGCAAGCAAAUAUCGCCAUUUGUGGAUAUUCUUUGUCGUCGCUACCCUUCCAUUAAUUUCCUCAAGGUGAAUCUAGAAGAAAGUCCAGCAAUUGCAGAUACUGAAAAUGUAAGGAUUGUACCAACAUUCAAGAUUUACAAAAGCGGCAAUCGAGUGAAAGAGAUCAUAUCUCCAACUCGUGAUAUGUUGGAGCAUUCAGUGAGGUAUUAUAGCUUAUAGAACUAAAAUCUACUGAUGCUGCCUGUGCUCAUUUCCUUUAGCAAUUCUCCUCUUCCUACCAAACUCUAAAUCUCGAAUACCUGCCAGAACUCCUUCCUACCUCACAAGGAAUUACCCGAUAACUGUGAUAAUUAGAAGGCUCGAAAUAAUCCCCACUAUCCAACCAAAAAGAAAAAAAAAAAAGAAGGCCAAUGGAGUCCAGAGAGAGAUAGUAUAGUUCAUUUUUGGAGUUGUUCCUUAUUCUAUUCAUUCAUUCCUCAUUGCUUUCUGGUUCCAUCUUUUUUUCCUUCUCCCUAUCAUCUCCUCUUGUUGUUAAAUAUCCGUUUUCCCACAAGGUUUCCUUACUACAACACCCUUCAACUCAAUUAGUCUCUAUCACUUCCUAGACUUACCAGUCUACUCCCCCCGUUGUAUCGAACUCGUAGAAUCAUCAAAUCCCAAUUCAAACUCAGCUACAUUUUAGACAGAGGGAGAGAGCAAGAGAGAAAUGGCUGUUGGUAAAUGAGGAUCUGUACAUGUAUAUAUGAUAUAUACAAGAAAAAAAACCCAAAAAAACCAAAAACAAAAGGAGGAGGAAAGGGGUAGAUGGAUGAAUGGAUAAAAUAGUAUGGGGGAUUUAGUGAAAAAAGGGUGAAAAUACAUUGUUACCAUCAUUGUUAGUUCUUCUGUUCUUCAAACAUUUUCUCAUUUAAUAAUAAUAAAAAAAAAAUCUUCA